UGUCACGAUAACUUGUUUUUCGUUGACACAUUUCUGAGAAAGCCGAUUGAAAGAUAAACACUACGGACCAACUGUAGUACUCGCCGAGUUACAUGCAUGGAAAACAGUUGACAUAUGCCGAUCGCUAAGAGAACCGGUGAGCUGUACCAGUGUCUGCGUCAGUGAUAUCACGGUGCUUGUUUGUAUCCACUGCAAACGUGUAGUUGCAGCCCCUACGGCGGUACACCGACUGAAAACAGGCCAGCUACUUCAUUGUUAUUGUACACUGCAAGCUGCAGGGACAAUUUAAAAAAAAUCACGAUGAUGGCAGCACAGUCUAAGUUACUUUUUCAGCUGAAUAAGUACAUGAACGAACGAGUGACCGCUCGACGGCAGAAUAUUAACAAGACAAUACGAGAAGUAUGCAGAGUGGUCACUGAUGUACUGAAGGAAGUAGAGGUGCAGGAGCCCAGGUUCAUCAGCUCGCUGAUUGAGACCGAAAGCGGACGAUUUGAAGGUUUGGAAGUUAUAUCACCUAACGAAUUUCAAGUCGUGCUGUAUCUUAACCAAAUGGGAGUGUUUAACUUUGUCGAUGAUGGUGCUAUCCCCGGAUGUGCAGUACUUAAACUGAGCGACGGUCGCAAACGUUCCAUGUCGCUGUGGGUAGAGUUCAUAACAGCCUCCGGCUAUCUAUCCGCUCGUAAAAUACGAUCCCGGUUCCAGACUCUCGUAGCCCAGGCCGUAGACAAGUGCAAGUACCGUGAUCAAGUGAAAGUGAUCGCUGACACGACAGAGGUGAAGUUACGUAUCCGCGAACGUUUUGUGGUGCAGAUAACACCGGCUUUCAAGUGCGGUGGUAUCUGGCCUCGCAGCGCUUCACACUGGCCACUUCCACACAUACCCUGGCCAGGACCAAAUUUAGUCGCCGAGGUGAAAAACGAAGGAUUUGAUCUGUUAUCCAAAGAAAGUAUCCACCAAGCAGGGAAACAAUCAUCGGCAGAAGGGGACGCGUGGGUGCUGUCGUUUCUAGAAGCAGAAAACAAGCUCCUACAAGGAGGCAGUCGCCGUAGAUGUCUAAGUAUACUGAAGACUUUGCGUGACCGGCAUUUGGAUACGUCCGGGCAUGCAGUCGAGAACUAUCACAUGAAAACAUUGCUCCUGUAUGAAUGUGAAAAACAUCCACGUGAGAUGGACUGGGAUGAGAGCUGUCUGGGCGAUAGAAUAAACGGUAUACUGCUACAGCUCAUAUCGUGUUUACAGUGUCGUAAGUGUCCGCAUUUCUUUUUGCAUGGGCUAGACCUAUUUCAGGGCAGAAGCCAUUCAUCUCUGGACAUUGCUGCAAAACAGGCUUGGAGAAUAGCUAGAGAAAUUUUAACCAACCCUAAAUGCUUGGACAAAUUAUGAUUUUUUCCCUUUACAAAAAAAUUAGCUUGGCUGUAAAAUAUGAAUCACGAUCAACUUGAAUGCAACGGCCGACUUGAAACAAAACGCAAGUGCAUGUGGCGUAUUAAACGCAUUGUGUGAAACUGAGAUGCACACAUGUAGGCGUCUUUCUGUGCACUCUGGUACAAAAAAAACACAAAAACAUUUAGUUUGUGUUGUACCAUGUCAAAAUAGAACUGGUACUGCAACAGUUUCCGAUACGGUUUAUGACUAUAAUGUAUUUUUUAGAGGUGAA